AAUUAUAAAACUAAAGGCCCCGUAAACAAAAGGAAGACAACGCGCAAGUCGACCCUCCUCUGUCAGUCGGCCAUUUCCACGGCGCAUGCGCUGACGACGUCCUUUGCCCAGUGCUUAGAGCAGCGAUAAACAUGCCGCCCAAAGACGAAAAGAAGAAAAAACCCAAGCCUGCUGCGGCAGGUGGUGCCGCAGGCGGAGCAACAGGUGGUGCCACUGGAGGAGCGACCGGUGGAGCCACUGGUGGCGGAGCCAAGAAGACCCCCAAACCAAAACCUGAUGCCAAGAAGGCAGGCGGAGCAGCGGCUGGUGCCGCCAAAGCUGGCAAGCCAGCAGGUGCCGCAAAACCAGGCGCCAAGAAGGACAAAGGUCCAGCUGGAGCGAAGAAAGCAGGAGCCAAGAAGGCUGGAGCCCCAGGUGCCGGCAAGAAGGGUGCACCAGGAGCCAAGAAGCCUGGAGCCCCAGGUGCUGGCAAGAAGGGAGCACCAGGAGCCAAGAAGGAUGCAGGAAAGAAGGGAGCCGUAGCUGGCAAGAAGCAGCUGACCAAGGGAGGCAAGAAGUUAGAUGCCAAGAAGCUGAGCAUGGCCGCCUCCAAGGGCAAGAAGCUUGCAAAGGGCAAGGGAGGAAAGAAGGGCCCUACCAGGAAGGCUGCAAAGACUUCAUUGAAGGUUGUAAAGGGACGUUUCGGCAUUAGAGUAAAGAAGAUCAGGACUUUCGCCAGAUUCCGUCGCCCCAAGACCUUGAGACUGCCCAAGAACCCCAAGUAUCCCCGCUUCUCAAGACCAAGAAAGAGCAAGCUUAACUCCUUCAACAUUAUCAAAUACCCCUUGACCACUGAGUCUGCCAUGAAGAAGAUCGAAGACAACAACACCCUUGUAUUUAUCGUUCACUCCUUAGCGAACAAGUACCACAUCAAGUCUGCUGUUAAAAAGCUCUAUGAAAUCGACGUUGCCCGCGUCAACACCCUACAUAGACCUGAUGGCCUGAAGAAGGCGUUUGUUAAAUUAGCACCAGACUAUGACGCCCUGGAUGUCGCCAACAAGAUUGGUAUCAUCUAAACUGUAUGUUGGUUAAAUAAAGAAAAAAAAGCCACAUUUUUUAUAAAGUU